AUGGGGAACCAGGAUGGGAAGCUGAAGAGGAGCGCAGGUGAUGCCUCCCACGAAGGCGGCGGCGGCGGCGCGGAGGAUGCUGUUGGGCCCAGAGAUGUGGACGCCACAAAGAAGGGAAGCGGGAGCAAGAAGGCUCCGGGCAAGCACGGCAAGGGGGGAGGCGGCGGCGGCGGGGAGCCCGGCAAGAAGAAGAGCAAGUCGGACUCCAGAGGUUCGGUGUUUUCCAAUCUUAGGAUCAGGAAGAACCUGUCCAAGGGGAAAGGCGCUGGCGGCUCCCGCGAGAAUGUGCUGGACUCCCAGGCCCUGCAGACCGGGGAGCUGGACAGCGCUCCCUCUCUGAUCACCAAGACACCGGACCUCAGCCUCUCCGCCGACGAUACGGGCCUGUCGGAUACCGAGGGGGCCGACCCUUUUGAGGUGACCCGACAAGGUGGCCCUGAGCGGGCGGAGGCCGGGGUCGGGGGCCGGGCGGUCGCCGAGGAUUUGGAAACUGCGGCAGGGGCGCAGGAUGGACAAAGGACCAGUUCGGGCUCGGACACAGACAUCUAUAGCUUCCACUCGGCUACGGAGCAAGAGGACUUGCUCUCAGACAUCCAGCAGGCGAUACGCCUGCAGCACCUCCAGGGCGCCCAGGAGCCGGCAGUGCCCACCACUGCCGCCUCCCCACAGCCCGGGGCCUUCCUGGGCCUGGACCGAUUCUUGCUGGGGCCGAGCGCCGUGGCUGGGGAAGCCCGCGCCAGUCCCGACACGGAGCAGGCGCUGUCUGCAUUCUCUGACCUGCCCGAGAGCCUGGUCCCCGAGACCCCGGUGCCCGAACAACCGCCGCCCCCCAGCGGCCGCCGAGACUCCGAAGCGCCGGGCCUGCCGGUGGCUCAGCCACCGGCCGCGGACUCGCCCUCGUCCACCGUCUUCCAGUUUCCCGAGGCCGGACCCGGGGAGGGCGCGGCCGAAGGCCCUGUGCAGAGGGCUGGGGACACAGAUGAGGAAGGCGAGGAGGAUGCUUUUGAGGAUGCUUCCCGAGGCUCUCCCGGGGAGGAGUGGGGCCUGGCGGUGGGAGAGGCCGCGCAGAGACUGGGGGACGAGCCGGAGGAGGGGGCGCGAGAGCCCGGGGCUCCCGCGGUCGCCUCCCUGCCCGGCAGCCCCGCGCCCAGCCCGCGCUGCUUCAAGCCCUACCCGCUCAUCGCCCCUUGCUACAUCAAGACCACCACCCGGCAGCUCAGCUCGCCCAAUCACUCCCCGUCGCAGUCCCCCAACCAGAGCCCCAGGAUCAAGAGGCGGCUGGAGACCUCCUUGAGUCGGGGACCCAGAGCUGCCUUCGCUUCCGCGGCUGCCCCGGCCAAGAAGCAUCGGGCCGACGGCGGCCUCGCGGGCGGCCUCAGCCGCUCUGCCGACUGGACGGAGGAGCUGGACGCCCGCGCGCCCCGGGCCGGAGGCUCCGCACACCUGCUGGAGCGCGGGGCUGCGGCGGACGGCGGGACGCCCCCCGCGCUGGCAGCCCAGGCGUCCGGGGUGCAGGCGGCUGCGGAUGGUUUCCAGAACGUGUUCACGGGGCGGACUCUGCUGGAGAAGCUGUUCAGCCAGCAGGAGAACGGACCCCCAGAAGAAGCAGAGAAGUUUUGCUCACGGAUCAUUGCCAUGGGGCUGCUCCUUCCUUUCAGUGACUGCUUCCGGGAACGGUGCAGCCAGAACGCCCAGGCCAGCUCGGCCCCGUUUGAUCAAGAUCAACUUUACACCUGGGCUGCUGUUAGUCAACCCACACACUCCCUGGAUUACACGGAAGGACAGUUCCCCGGGCGAGUCCCAUCCGUGUGGCCACCAUCUAAGCCUCCUGAUGAAGACCACAGGCCCAAGGACGUUGGAACAGAAUCUCAGUCUGCUGUUUUGGAAACUCUGAGAAAUUGUUCAGACGCUGUUCAGCAGGAAGUUGCGGACAUAAAAUCCGAGGCACAGGCAACUGUCAUUCAGCAGCUGGAACAGACCAUUGAGGAUCUGAGGACCAAAAUAGCCGAACUGGAGAAGCAGUGCCCGGCCGUGGACCUGGGGGCGGCCAGCGGCCGGCACGCGGCUCACGACGGAGUGGCAUCCUCGGAAGGUGUCUGUGGCAAAGCUCUCAGGUUAGGAGAAAGGCGUGGCCAGUACCAAAGGAUUUCACAGGCCAAGUCCAUCCAGACGUCCCCGACGGAAGAGCGCGGGGCGCCCGCCCUGCCUUCUGCGACACUGCCAGAGUGCCUCUCGUGGCCACCGCAGGCCGCAAGUGGCCACCCCGCGGCGCCCGCCUCGCCUUCGGGACCUCAGACCAAAUUCUGCUCAGAGAUUUCUCUGAUUGUGUCUCCCAGGCAAAUAUCUGUCCAAGUCGACGCGCACCCGUCCGGUCGGCCUCCACCGCCUCCACCCCUCCCGUGGUCUGAUGGCCAAGGGCAGCCCAGGUCCCAGUCUUCCCGUCCUCUUCAGACUGAGUUUGAGACCAGCCAUGAACAGUCUGUUUCAUCGUCCUCCGCAAAUGGCCCUAACAUCCCACCCCCACCACCUCUGCCUUGCACACAGUCUUCCAGCUCCGUGUCUGGUCUGGGCAUGGGGGCUCCCUCCCCGCCCCCGCUCAGUACAGCAGUCCCCCCACCUCUUAUGCCUAGUACAGAAAUGCUGCCACCUCCUCCCCCACCUUUGCCUGGGGAGGAAAUACCUCCUCCCCCUCCUCUUCCCGGAGUGGGAAUACCCCCUCCCCCUCCUCUUCCCGGAGUGGGAAUACCUCCUCCCCCUCCUCUUCCCGGGGUGGGAAUACCUCCUCCCCCUCCUCUUCCCGGAGUGGGAAUACCUCCUCCCCCUCCUCUUCCCGGGGUGGGAAUACCUCCUCCCCCUCCUCUUCCUGGAGUGGGAAUACCCCCUGCCCCUCCUCUUCCCGGGGUGGGAAUACCCCCUCCCCCUCCUCUUCCCGGAGUGGGAAUACUCCCUCCUUUCCCGGGAUACCUCCCUCUUCCCGGAGUGGGAAUACCCCCUCCUCCUCCUCUUCCCGGGGUGGGAAUACCUCCUCCCCCUCCUCUUCCCGGGGUGGAAAUACCCCCUCCCCCUCCUCUUCCCGGAGUGGGAAUACCCCCUCCCCCGCCCCUUCCAGGGAUGGGAAUUCCCCCUCCCCCUCCUCUGCCGGGAGUUGGGAUCCCCCCACCUCCUCCUCUGCCAGGUGUGGGUAUUCCACCUGCUCCAGCUCCCCCCGCAGCCCCGCCAGCACCUGCUCUGCCGCCUGGAUCUGGCCCUCUGCUCACCCCGCACGGCGGGAGUAGCACUUUACCAGCGCCCCAAGUGUGUGGAUUUCUCCCCCCUCCGAUGCCAACUGGCUGGUUUGGAUUAGGGGUGAACCAGGACAAAGGGAGUAGGAAGCAGCCGAUAGAGCCUUGUCGGCCCAUGAAGCCUCUGUACUGGACAAGAAUUCAACUGCACAGCAAAAGAGACUCCAGUACUUCACUUAUUUGGGAAAAAAUUGAAGAGCCAUCCAUAGAUUGUCAUGAAUUUGAGGAAUUAUUUUCUAAAACUGCUGUAAAGGAGAGGAAGAAGCCUAUUUCUGACACAAUCACGAAGACCAAGGCUAAGCAAGUUGUCAAGUUAUUAAGCAACAAAAGAUCACAAGCAGUUGGAAUAUUAAUGUCUAGCCUUCACUUAGAUAUGAAAGACAUACAACAUGCGGUUGUGAACUUGGACAAUUCUGUGGUUGAUCUGGAGACUCUUCAAGCUCUCUAUGAGAAUAGAGCACAGUCAGAUGAACUGGAAAAAAUUGAAAAGCAUGGCCGGUCGUCCAAAGACAAGGAAAACGCCAAGUCUCUGGACAAGCCUGAACAGUUCCUUUAUGAGCUGUCGCUAAUCCCCAACUUUUCAGAGCGUGUCUUUUGCAUCCUAUUCCAGUCCACGUUUUCCGAAGGCAUUUGCUCAAUUCGUCGCAAACUUGAACUGCUGCAGAAAUUGUGUGAGACAUUGAAGAAUGGCCCAGGGGUCAUGCAGGUUCUAGGUUUGGUUCUUGCGUUUGGCAACUACAUGAAUGGUGGGAAUAAGACCCGGGGACAGGCAGAUGGCUUCGGAUUAGACAUUCUUCCGAAGCUGAAGGAUGUCAAAAGCAGUGACAAUAGCAGAAGCCUCUUGUCGUACAUUGUUUCCUAUUACCUGCGAAACUUUGAUGAGGAUGCGGGGAAAGAGCAAUGUGUCUUCCCGUUGCCGGAGCCCCAGGACCUCUUCCAGGCUUCGCAGAUGAAGUUCGAAGAGUUUCAGAAAGACCUCCGGAAACUCAAGAAAGACUUGAAAGCCUGCGAGGUGGAGGCGGGGAAGGUGUACCAGGUGUCCUCCACGGAGCACGUCCAGCCCUUCAAGGAAAACAUGGAACGGUUCAUCGUCCAAGCUAAAAUUGACCAGGAGGCAGAGGAGAAUUCACUAACAGAGACUCAUAAAUGCUUUUUGGAGACCACAGCCUAUUUCUUCAUGAAACCAAAAAUUGGAGAGAAGGAGGUGUCCCCAAAUGUUUUUUUCAGUAUCUGGCAUGAAUUCAGCUCUGACUUUAAAGACUUUUGGAAGAAAGAGAACAAACUUAUUCUACAAGAAAGAGUAAAAGAAGCCGAAGAGGUGUGUAGGCAGAAAAAAGGAAAAUCACUUUAUAAAAUAAAACCAAGACACGACUCUGGAAUUAAAGCGAAGAUAAGCAUGAAAACCUGAACGAAGAACAGCGGAAUGAAAAUGAGUUUCUCUCAACCACUCACUCAGCAUCCAGCUGACCCAAAGGCCGGAACGGAACUCCAUCAUUUUGACCAUUUUUCUUCUUGACCUCUUGCAUAACCUUUGUGUUUUCUAGACAGUUCGCUGAUGGUUGGAUUUUACUGUACAUUCACAUAAAAUGCAAAAGCACUAGA